AUGCCUGUUAUAUACCAUGGACACACUCUUACUACUAAGAUUCCCUUCAAGGAUGUUGUCGAAGCCAUUAAUCGCUCAGCGUUUGUGAACUCAGAGAUGCCCGUGAUUCUGUCCAUCGAGAACCACUGCUCUUUACUACAGCAACGCAAGAUGGCUGAGAUUUUUAAGACAGUGUUUGGUGAGAAGCUGGUGACCAAGUUCCUGUUUGAGAGGGAUUUUGGGGAUGAACCUUUGCUUCCAUCUCCCCUGCAGCUCCGAGGGAAGAUCCUACUGAAAAAUAAAAAGCUGAAAGCUCACCAGGCUCCAGUGGACAUUCUCAAACAAAAGGCACAUCAGCUGGCUCACAUGCAGGCCCAGGCCAACAACUGCUCAGUCAGCGGAACAUCCCUGGGAAACAAUGAUGAAGAAGAGGAGGAGGAAGACGAGUAUGACUAUGAUUAUGAGUCACUGUCUGACGCUGAUGUCCUCAAUGCUUCCACAGCCUCUUAUGGCCAGGAAGACAAUAUUCUGGACGACAAACCCGAAGGCAAGUCAUCCACUGAGAAACUUCAGUAUGAGUCCAAUGAUGAGAUGCCCAAGCGGUUUAAGAAAGCGGGAAGCAAAGGAAAGCUGUUUGACAUGGAGCUAGGAGAGGAGUUCUACCUGCCCCAGAAUGAGAAGGAGAGCAGACAGAUCGCUCAAGAGCUCUCUGAUCUGGUCAUCUACUGUCAGGCUAUCAAAUUCCCAGGUUUACAUCUUAUUUCAUUAUUAUACAAGCACAAUGACAAAAGUUUGUAGUUCACUCUGCCUCUGGGACACACAAUUAGUGACGUACUGAAAUAUUUGGCCGAAAAUAAAUGUUUGAUUUUGGCUAAAUUCAAUUUAGUGCACACAAUAUGCUGUUUUCAGUUGAUGCAUGACUUUACAAAACUUCACUAAGCAGUAUUUAUAGCAUGCUUCCCAUCCAAUUAUCACAAUAACCUACUCUACAUGAAUAUAAGAAGGUACAGCCUGUUGAAAGAAACAACACAACUUGCUGAAAUCCUGUCUUAUUAAUAACUGUAAAGAUGUAAAUAAAAGAGCUUGUAAAUAUACAUAAUAUUGGAUUUAUCUGGAAAGCCAUUCAAUGCCCAUAGCAAACUUUUAUUACAGACGUCAAUUGCAGUAGAAUCAUAAUAUAUAUUCAUAAAGUUAAUAUUAA